GGGGCUCCAGCGAGGGGCAGUAGGGUCCCAGCUUCCCGCUCCAUUUCCAUUCCGUUCCAUCCAUCUUGAGCCAGCCAACUUCUUCUUCACCCCACUCACUCAUGUCCGAUUCUCACCCCCCACCAUUAAAUAGUACGCAGGCGGCAGAUAGCAUUCUCUUCUCUCAUCAGAUAGGCUUCUCCAUCUUCGUUUUCCUCUCCAUCUUCUUCCCUCUCCAACAAGCUUCAAUUUCCAUCACUUUCUGACUUUGGAUUCCUCUACCCUCUUUCCUUCCUCGGGAUCAUCCCUCGUCGUGGAGCUGAUUAAACCCGUUUUUCUUUUUCUUCCUCUUCUCGCUUUUCCUAUUUGGUUUCCCGGAAAAUCCCUUGGGGGUGUCUGUCUCCAUCUGAUUAUUUGGAUUCCGAGCUCGCUCUCUCUGUUUUGAGAGUCAACUUUCUAGUCAAAGGUUCUGUUGCCGUGGUUUCAUAAGGAAUAAUAUGGCCGACUUCCACAACGAUGAUCCCUACUGCGCCCUGGACGAAGAGACGCAGCUUCAAAAGGGCGACGAGUCCGAUUCCGACUUUGAAGACGAUUAUGAGUCGAGCAAGUCUCAGAACGAUACAACUGCUGUGGAGUUUAGGAACGGGAAGGAUAUGCAAGGAAUUCCAUGGGAGAGGCUCAGUCACACUAGGGAUAAUUACCGGGAGACGAGGUUGAAGCAGUACAAGAACUACGAGGACCUCUCUCCCUCUCACGAGAUGAUUGAUAAGGAGUGUUUGGCAGUAGAUAAAGGAAAGACAUUUUAUGACUUCCAGUUGAACACGAGGAUCGUCAACUCAACCAUUGUGCAUUUUCAGGUAGAAACUGCUGGCUUCUUUCACUCCCUCGGAUUUUUCUGAUCAUUGAUUUUCCAGUUUGCAUGGUCAGAUUAGGAAGCAUAUACACACUGUUUUAGAUAAGCAUAGGGUUAUUGUCCUGUUUAUCAUUCUUCUUUCUUUCUCUCCCUUCAUUUCUGGUUCUGGGGGAUCAUUAUUUUCAUUGGCAGAUUCUGUUUUCAUUUAAGUCAUGCAUAAGUAGUCCUGCAUCCCUCAGCUAAUAAUUUAGGCUUUGGGCAUUGUUGUAUCCUGUCAGUAAUCAGCUGUUGUAGGUUGUUGUACUGCUGUGGCACUCGUAUAUCAUUUCUUGACUAUUGCUUUCAAUUGGUUUUGGAGAUCAUUAGUCCCGAGGUUUUGCAGGUCCUCUGAUUAUAAAAACAUAUCCUUUCUGGAUAUAUUUAUAGUUUGAUUGUAGCCUGCCUGAACCUUUUGGAGGUACGACAGAGCUUCACUUUAUGUUAGGCUUCAAUUCCUUAAUAUAUGUGAUGCACCAACUGUUGAAGGGAUUCACGUCUGACCAAAGUCUUCCAGACUAAAUUCUUUUUUACAGUGGGGCCCCCAUGGACAAUGCUCUCCAGCCCUGCAAGCUGGUGAACUUAGCAUACUCCAAAGUUGUGAAAACCUUACUUCUUAAAUGCUCUUUGUUGGUGCAAAUAACUUCUGGUGAAACAUGGCUGUCACAAUCCUAUAGUUGUUUCCAUUAUUCAUUUCUUAGUAGUGAUUUUGUUAAUCCGUAGACUGGUUUACAGUAAUUGUUAAUGAGACGUAGGUUCUGACCUUCUCGACUUAGACAGUGGAUUUUGUAGAUGGGUUUCCUGCAUUUGCGGUUUGAAUUAGCUAUGCUUUUGGUUUAAGGAUAAUACUAUAUUUGUAGGAACCAUCUGGUACUGGCAUUAGCAUACUUCUGUCAGUGAGAAUACAUCCUCUUGGUGAAGAGACUUGUUUCGGUCGUUCUGUUGAGGUUUUAAGUGAAUUUUGAAGUAAUGGCAUCUUGGGACCAAUGAAUUCAUAUAUACCUUUUGACAGUCUUUUUUCUGGACAACUUUCUUCAAAUGUACUUCAAUCCUUUAAUGGCUUGCUGUAAUGCCUUGAUUAUAGUAUGCAUAUGAAAGUUAUUUCUGUGUAAUAUUACUGCCAUUGCAUGUUCAAUCUAUUUUGUGCUUUAACCCACCUGUGGCAUUUAGGACUUCUGUCUAUUUCAGCAUUAUAAGCAGGGUGGAAGUAAUAUCUGAGCAGCUGCCGGGAUUAAAGAUGCAUUAUUUCUAUGGUAUGAUAGGAAUCAGCAUUCAAGGAGACCUUUCUACCAUUCGUGUAGUUUCAGUUGGCUAUAUAAUAGUGGACAGGCCUUGUUAUCAGAUUUUCAUUCUAAAUGAGUAUUCUGUAUGGUGUUGAUGCAUCCCAGCUACUCUGUUCUUCUGGUGUGAUCUAGGUUGAAUUGACUGGUCUUGUUUUUUCAGCUUUCUACCUAUUUCUAUGCAUGAUUGACUAGCUUAUCCCUAUAAGUCGUGGUCUUCCAUUUGUGGUGCUAUCUUAUAAUUCUGAACACUCUAAAUCCCACGACAAAUUGGUUGGAAUCCGAAAUCAUUGUUCAGUAAUGGCCUAGCUGGUCUUAGUGUAUCACAUGAUGUUUUUUUUUUUCAUAUUCUGUUCCAGAAACAAAUUGGUUUCUAGAAUUUUUUGGUUAAUGUCACGGGGGUGUUCAUAAAAAUGUGCCAAUUCAUAUAUUUCUAUGGCCAAAAUAAGCAAAAUUUUGUUGCAAUUUUCUAAGGGCAGCCUUUGGCUCUUGUGCAUCAUUUUAAUAUAUAGGAUAUUGCAUCCUAAAGUAUGUUUGCCCUAGGGCCAAACUAUUUUUGAAUUUGUCAUUCCUGGUAUUGAACGGUCGUCGCUGAGGUAUUUGUGCAUUGUGUUUUAAUGGUAAUAAUUGCCUAGUUGAGGAACCUGUUGUGGGCAACAUCCAAGAAUGAUGUCUAUCUCGUGCAAAACUACUCCCUGAUGCAUUGGUCUGCACUGUCAAGAAAGGAGAAAGAAGUACUGAAUGUGGCCAAACCUGUUGUUCCUACCCUGAAACGCCCUGGUUUGUUGACACAAUCACUUUCCAGGGUGCAAAUCAGUUCCAUGGUUGUCAAAGACAACAUAAUGGUCGCAGGAGGCUUUCAAGGAGAACUUAUUUGCAAGUAUCUGGAUCACCCUGGAGCUGCUUUUUGUACGAAACUCACCACACAUGAAAAUGCCAUUACCAAUGCUGUAGAUAUCUACUGCAACCCCAGUGGCUCAAUGAGGAUUAUGGCUGCAAACAAUGAUGCCCAAAUCAGAGUAUUUGAUGCCGAGUGUUUUGCUUGCCUCAGUCAAUUCGGGUUCGAUUGGUCCGUAAAUAGCACUUCUGUUAGCCCUGAUGGGAAGCUGGUAGCGGUUCUUGGAGAUAGUGUUGACUGCUUGAUCGCCGAUGUACAGUCUGGUAAGGUCGCUGCUAACCUCGAAGGACACGUGGACUAUUCAUUUUCAUCAGCGUGGCAUCCGGAUGGUAGAAUUCUGGCCACUGGCAACCAAGACACCACAUGCAGGCUAUGGGAUAUUAGGAAUCCUUCCAGGUCCUUGGCUGUGCUGAAAGGAAACAUGGGGGCUAUAAGAGGGCUAAAGUUCACAUCCGAUGGGCAGUUUCUGGGGAUGCAAGAAGCCGCCGACUUUGUCCACGUGUUUGAUGUGGAAUCUGGUUAUGUGAAGUGCCAGGAGAUUGAUCUCUUUGGGGAGAUCGCCGGUAUAUCUUUUAGCCCUGAUUCAGAGUCUCUGUUUGUCGGUAUAGCAGAUCGUACCUAUGGAAGCCUGCUGGAGUUCAAUAGGAAGCAUUACAAUCCCUACCUGGAUUCUUUCUAUUAGGUUCCAGAUUUGCUUCGCAGAUGUAUAUGUACAUAUAUUUAUCUCGAAAAGCUUGAAUGCUCUGGGAAGUCGAGGGACUAGAGGAGGUAACUGUUUGUAUAUGGAGUGAUUAUUUUGAGCUGAGUAGAAAUCGAAUUGCAAAAGUUGCAGUUCUGAGCUCCAACAAUGCAAAGCUGUUGCCUGGCGCUCUGUGGCUUUCGGGGUUGUAUACCUACUGUUUAUGUACUAGUGAACUAUGUUCUUGCAGUUUAGUAUUGGAUCUAUUAGCCAUUAAAACAGCUGUUUUAACGGCUAAUAGGUUCUUCUGUUACGUGGGAUCAGUGCACCGUUUGUUCCAUGAAGCAGAGGCAAAUUUCAGAGUGUGCUUUUGGCAUUGGCGGCUAGGCAGAAAUGUUUAGUCAACGGACUAAGUUAUUCAUAGCCAGCAGACCGUUUCCAUCCCAAAUCCAGUGGUGCCAAAGAAUCUGUUAAUACUUAAUAGCAUUUUAUGCAGAUUAAUUGACGUACUCGUUUUUGUUCUCUCUUUAACAAACGUACUUUAGUAUGGUGGCAACUGGCAAGACAGCCAUUUGUACAAACACGAGUACAAACAUGACCGUGUUGGUCGACCAUGUCAUGUUUUUAUCAUUCAAUCGACACUCAAGCAUGUUGGCAAGCAAACCAUUUAUACAAAAUCUACAGAGUCAGUCUGUUGAGUAAUAUGUUCGUAUGGGCUUCGGCCCAAUUCCCCUAGCCAUGGGUUUAUGGGUGUAUGUUGUUAGGGUUGGCCGAGACGCCGAGUAGUAUAGUCUAGGUUUUGGGACUAUAUAUAUAUAUAUAUAUAUAUG